GAUGCUUCCUGCAAGCUGCUGAGCAAUUUUGGAAUGCCCAGUUUAUUCAAGGAGGGAGACAUCAUGUUGGGAGGGAUUUUUCCAAUAUUCAACAAAGAAGAGAGUCGCAAUGUUUCAUUUCAAACAGAACCACCUAGAGUGAAGUGCAUUGGAUUCGACCUCCGGACCUACAGAUGGGCACAGGCGAUGCUGUUUGCAAUAAAAGAAAUUAACGAGGACCACAGCCUGCUCCCAAACAUCACCUUGGGAUACGCAGUCUUUGACUCCUGUGCCUCCCCUACCAACACUUUACGAGCUGCACUCUCCCUGAUGAACAGGCAAGAGAUAAAACCUGCUGCUACUCCAUGUCACCCUCCCAUGCCUGCAGUUAUAGCGGAAGCAGGAUCUUCCCCGUCCCUGGCAGCAGCUGGAACACUUGGACCCUUUGGUGUACCAAUGGUCAGUUACUUCGCCACAUGUGCUUGCUUGAGUGAUAGGACCAAGUAUCCCACAUUUUUUCGUACAGUUCCAAGUGAUUACUAUCAAGCCAAAGCUUUGGCAUCUCUUGUCAAACACUUUGGAUGGUCAUGGAUAGGUGCUAUUCAGGCCGACAAUGAUUAUGGAAGAAAUGGGAUGCUUUCAUUUACUGAGGAAGUGAAAAAAUUUGGAGUUUGUAUUGCAUUUAUUGGAACAAUUUUAAGGACCUAUCCUAGGAGUAAAAUACUUGAAGUAGUUGAGACAAUUAAACAUUCAACAGCAAGAGUCAUUCUAGCAUUUGCUCCAGAAAAUGAUGUGUAUCCUCUGAUGAAAGAGGUGGUGAUGCAGAACAUCACAGGAAUCCAGUGGAUAGCAAGUGAAGCUUGGAUAACUGCAGUAAGACUAUCCACGCCAGAAAUAUUCCACUCUUUCGGUGGGGCAGUUGGAUUUGUGAUUCGCAAAAUGGCAAUGCCGAAACUAAAAGACUUCCUUCUGAACAUAAACCCCUUUGCUGAUACAAGGGACCCUUUUGUAAACCACUUCUGGAAAACCAUGGUAGGCUGUGACCCAAGUAUGGUAAAAGAGUCUGCCUACUCCACUGACCUGCUAUCCAGCACAAAAGUAUGUACGGGACGUGAGACAUUGGAUCAGACACAUGUUUUUUUCGAUGUCACACAAAUUCGAGUGGCAUAUAAUGUAUAUAAAGCAGUGUAUGCCAUCGCACAUGCUCUUCACCAUUUGAUCUUCUGCACAGAUGACAAUGAUAAACACCAGAGGAAACUCUGCAUCAACUUCAACAUUUCGCAAAUUGAGCCUAAAGAGGUCAGUAAUCAGCUACAGAAAGUGAACUUUGUAAACAGCUUUGGGGAAGCUGUGUUCUUUGAUAAAAAUGGAGAUCCCCCUCCUUCAUAUGAAAUCAUCAACUGGCAGCUGCGAGAAGGAGAGGUACAGCAUGUGACAGUGGGUCACUUCGGCACAUCAGCAAAUGCCAACUAUGAGCUGGUCAUAGAAGAGGACAGCAUCAUCUGGAAUACUGGGAGAGAGAUUCCAAUAGGAGUUUGCUCAGAAAUGUGUCCUCUUGGCACAAGAAAAGCAGAAAUUAAAGGCAAACCCAUUUGCUGUUUUGACUGCAUUCCAUGUGCAGAUGGAACAAUAGCCAAUACAACAGGUGCAGCAGACUGCAUUCCCUGUCCAUGGGAGUACUGGUCAAACGAGGGAAAAGACAGAUGCAUACCUAAAGAAAUUGAGUUUCUGUCUUAUUAUGAUGCCAUGGGAAUUGCAUUGACUGCGGUAUCACUAUUUGGGGUAUGCUUGACAUCUGCAGCCAUGGUGGUCUUCUCUUACUUUAGAAACACACCCAUCGUGAAGGCUAACAACUCAGAGCUGAGCUCCCUGCUGCUGCUCUCUCUGCUCCUGUGCUUCCUGUGCCCGCUCACCUUCAUCGGGGAGCCCACAGUCUGGUCCUGUAUGCUGCGGCAUACUGCCUUCGGGGUCACGUUUGCGCUCUGCAUCUCCUGUGUGCUGGGGAAAACAAUAGUUGUGGUCACUGCCUUUAAAGCAACACUUCCAAACAACAACCUAGCCAGGAAGUUUGGUCCAGUGCAGCAGCGCAUCAUAGUGUGUUCAUGCACCACCGUGCAAAUCUUUAUCUGUGUGCUCUGGCUCAGUCUAAAGCCCCCUUUUCCAGACAAAACAUUCAAGCACAGUGAUAAAAAGAUUAUUCUAGAAUGCAACACAGGAUCAGAAACGGCAUUUUACACAGUCCUGGGUUAUAUAGGGCUUCUCUCGGCAAUAUGUUUAGUGAUGGCCUUUUUAGCCAGGAAAUUGCCAGACAAUUUCAAUGAAGCAAAGUUUAUUACAUUUAGCAUGCUCAUUUUCUGUGCUGUAUGGCUGACAUUUAUACCAGCUUAUGUUAGCUCACCAGGAAAAUACACGGUCGCAGUUGAAAUAUUUGCUAUUUUAUCCUCAGCAUUUGGUUUACUGUUUUGCAUAUUUGCUCCAAAAUGUUAUAUCAUUUUAAUAAAACCGGAGCAAAACACAAGGCAGCAUGUUAUGGGCAAAUUGCCCAAAAAACGAGUAUAA